AUGAAGGUCUCCCUCCUUACCCUCGCCCUUGCGGCUUUCGUUGUCGCCGCCCCGGUUGCUCAGGAGCCCGAAGCUGCUCUUGCUCCCAGUGGACAUCCAUUCCCGUCUCACAGUGCUCCACCAUUCCCUCCCAAGCCGACGGGCAAGCCUCCGGGACCAAAGCCUACGGGAAAGCCAUUUCCCCCACGCGACCUUCCCCCGAAGCCAACUGGCAAGCCCGGACCUCCGCCUCCGAAACCCACUGGCAAGCCCCCGGGCCCGAAGCCUACGGGAAAGCCUUUCCCACCACGCGACCUCCCCCCGAAGCCAACUGGCAAGCCUGGUCCUCCGCCUCCGAAGCCCACUGGAAAGCCUCCGGGCCCUAAGCCAACUGGGAAGCCUUUCCCGCCGCGGGACCUUCCCCCGAAGCCAACGGGCAAGCCUGGCCCGCCUCCCCCGAAGCCCACCGGAAAGCCCCCAGGGCCUAAGCCAACUGGAAAGCCUUUCCCCCCUCCCACCUAUUAG